UUGUUUUCAGAAAGCUUUCCUUGUCUCGCCAAGCAAGUCGUCAUACGUGGUAUGUUUCAAACAGCUUUGGCGUCGACUAGACUAUUCCUUACCGAUAAUUACUUCAGGUUUGGCUACAAAUUCAACAAUUGACAACAAUAAUUGAGGAAUCAUCGAAUUGGGGAACUGCACUUCUGCACACCUUUGAGCAGCAGUAUGAUGCAGGCAGGAGUCUGUCUGAGACAGGACACUGAGACAACACUACCAGAGCUCACUGAGCAGCACAGGAUCAGACUGAAAGAAGAGGAACUCAGUGGACUGGAGUCAGAGACAGAGUGUGCUGCACCAGGACUCAACACACUGGAGCCAGAGUGUGUUACAGCACACAGCGGGGUCAGUGAUGGACACCACACACACACAUCAGUGAUAAAAACAGAAGCUGAUCUGGGCUCCACCCACACUGGGGAUCUUAUUAAGACAGAGAGCCCUGACGGUACAGAGCUGGGAUAUGUGACCCAUCUGCAUCCUGACCAAACAGAGGCCGAAGAUGGAGGAUACCUUGAGGCAGAACAGAACAGAGACUUGCAGGAUAUUAAAUUGGUUCAUAUUAAAUCUGAAGACAUGAAGAGGGAAUCCAGUGAAUGUUUAGUGAGUGAUCUCAUGAACACUGUGAAGAAUGGAGCUGGUGUUGAUCAGAAAGACUGGAUUGAAUCAUCACAACAUGCUGGAGAACCAAAAAAAGAAGACUGUAAAAAAGAAGAAAUUAAUCUGUCGAUCCAGUGCCAAUGUGGGGACUUAAAUCAUCACUGUGACAGAAGCAGUGAAAAUGAUCCCAGCCCAAACCUUUUGAAUUUCCUUCAAAAGAAGACUACUUAUAGAAAUAAAGGUAAUAUUCAUAUAGGUGAAAAGCUGUACAAGUGUACAAGUUGUGGGAAGGCUUUCAAUCAGAAAUAUGCUUUCAAUGUACACAUGAGAAUUCAUACAGGUGAAAAGCCCUACAAGUGUACACAGUGUGAUAAGUGUUUUCGUACAAAAUGUGCUUUAAAUGUUCACCUGAGAAUUCAUGCAGGUGAAAAGCCAUACAAGUGUACACAGUGUGAGAAGUGUUUUUCCAAAAUAUUUCAUUUAAAUCAGCACCAGAGAAUUCAUACAGGUGAAAAGCCCUACAAAUGUAUUCAGUGUGGGAAGUGUUUUUCCCAAACAAGUGCUUUAAAUCGCCACAAGAUGAUUCAUACAGGUGAAAAGGCCUUCCAGUGUACUCUGUGCAGGAAAUGUUUUAAUAUAAAAUCGAAUGUAAUUAUCCACCAACAUGUUCAUAUGGAUGAAAAGCACUACAUUUGCAUUCAGUGUGGGAAGUCUUUUAAUACAAAGUAUUUUUUAGAAAAACACAUGAAAAUUCAUACGGAUGAACAGCCCUACAAAUGUCCACGGUGUGAGAAAUGUUUUUUUAGACAAUCUGAGUUCAAUCGCCACCAGAGAAUUCAUACCGGUGAAAAGCCUUACAAAUGUACACAGUGUGAGAAAUGUUUUAAUCAAAUAUCUAAUUUAAAUAUACACCAGAGAAUUCAUACAGGUGAAAAGCCCUACCAGUGUACUCAGUGUGCAAGGUGGUUUUCCCAAUCGAGUUCAUUAAAUCGGCACAUGAUGACUCAUACAGGUGAAAAGCCCUAAAAAUGUAAUUGUGGAAAGUGACUUAGUGAUAAAUAUCUCAUUUAAACCAAAUAACUACACCUACCUCAAUAAAGGUACUAACAGUUUUGUUCACUAGCUCAUGGCAAUUGUUACCUGUGCAUAGUAAAAUGGAUUCAGAAGCUUUGACUUGUAGUUUCUGAGGACAAACUUCAUAUUUCAAGUGUGGUUAAACGAUGUAAUACAACGGCGAAGGAAUCAUAUCAAUGUCCGCCAAUUUAGGGGGUUACAGCUACUCCGUUGGUUUUGCUCACACACAGCGUAUAACAGAAGUAUGCAGAGCAAUUUAACCAAAUGUUCAAUAACUAAAGACCCAGUUAACGAAGCUACCACUUACCCUAAUAGCUAACUGAACAAUUAUUUUACAAACAUUUGCGGCCGGUGCUCGCUCCUCUUUGGGAGGGAGUUCUUAUUUCCGGGAGGCUCCUGGACGUUCCAGGAGACUUGGGAGGUCUGGAAGAGGCGGAAAACCUCAGGGGCCUGUAUCGCGAAACUGGAUUAUAGAGUUCACUGCUGUUCAGGGUUUUACAAUUAUCCAGCUAACUCUGUAACUCUGUAACUGUUUUUAAUUUCCACGCCUAUGUUUUGAUUAUUCUUUACAAUUGUACAGUGUGUUCAGCAAAUGAAAUUCCUUUUCAUUAAAAUGCAUUAGUGAAUCCUU